AUGAAACCUGCCACGAGCUUUAUCCUUCUUUUCCUUUCCAGUGCUUGCACUGCUUCCAACAGUCAGUGCAAGGUUUCUAGCAAUUCGCCUGGCGAAUGUGUUCAUACUACCACAACCAAGGGCUAUGUAGCUGUUCAAACAUCUGUCUGCUUUGAUGACCGGCCGUGCAAAGGGAAUGGGCAUGGGUGCGAUUUUGUAUCGCCGAAUCUGAAAGCAAUUUGCUACUAG